AUGCAGCUCGAUAUGAUACCGGAAAAUCCCGCCAAGGGCGAAAAUCGCAUGACACACACCCCCCAGCGCAACUGGGACGCCAUUUUUAGGUUAGAGAUGCUCGAGCACUCCGUUUCCGUCAAUGUUCAGAUAAAUAGUAAAAGCGAAGUCUCCAGUAUUGGUUUCAGGGGUCUUUCUAUCAGUUCCGGGGCGUCUAAUUUUGGAAUAAUCAGAACUCAACAGAAAACAUCGCUUACAGGUCGGGAUCCCAUCCAGGAUAACUGCUAUAGACUCGAAAGAAUUGAACGCUGCGAACUCGUUAGCAUGGCCAUUGACAUGGCAAGUGCCUGGAGGUGGUUUCUGAUUCAUUAUGGGAAGGCUGCUGGCGGAUUGGAUUUUCCUCCGCUAGAAGGGAGGAGGGCGGAGCGGCGUGAGCGGAAAUCUGCCCCUGCACCGUGA